CCAGCGAAGAAGAGCAAACGACACAUGAUGAAACAACAUGCUACUUUAACUCAUAGCCCUGUAAUUCUUACGUUGUUUGAGUAAGAAAAGCUGUAUUUUUCAAGUACUCUUCAUCGCUACAUUCUCACUUCAGACUUCGGUUCAUCGGAAACUCAAGAUGCCUGUCCUCUGCAGUAGCUGUGGUGACAAGCGUGCUGUGCUGAAACGUCCGAAAACUGGCCACUCGCUGUGCAAGGCGUGUUUCUUCUGGGCCUUCGAGGAAGAGGUGCAUCAGACCAUCGUGACAGCAAAUCUGUUCAAACAUGGGGAAAUUGUAGGGAUUGCUGCCUCGGGUGGAAAGGACUCCACAGUGCUCGCACAUGUCAUGAAGCUCCUUAAUGAGAGAUUCAACUACGGCCUUGAACUCAUGCUUCUCUCGGUGGACGAGGGUAUCUCAGGUUACAGAGAUGACUCCUUGGAGACAGUGAAGAGGAAUCAGCAACAGUAUGAGCUGCCGCUGAAGAUUGUGUCGUAUGAGGAGCUGUAUGGCUGGACUAUGGACGCUAUAGUGAAGCAGGUGGGACGGAAGAAUAACUGCACCUUCUGCGGCGUGUUCAGAAGGCAGGCGCUCGACAGAGGAGCCCUCAUGCUGAAAGUGGACAAGAUAUGUACAGGUCACAAUGCUGAUGACAUCGCGGAGACUGUUGUGAUGAACGUCUUGCGAGGGGACAUAGCUCGUCUGCGCCGCUGUACGGCCAUCUCCACAUCCAGCGAGGGUGAUGGGGUCGUGCCGCGCUGCAAGCCCCUCAAAUAUGCAUAUGAGAAAGAAAUUGUUCUGUACGCUUACUUUAAGAAGUUGGACUACUUUUCCACUGAAUGUAUCUACUCCCCCAAUGCUUAUCGUGGCCAUGCGAGGACCUUUCUGAAGGACCUGGAGAGCGUCAGGCCUAGCUCUAUAAUGGACAUCAUCCACUCGGGGGAGAACCUGUCUGUGCGGGACGGGGUGAAGAUGCCGGUGCAGGGAACCUGCCAACGCUGCGGCUACAUCUCCAGCCAGAGUCUGUGCAAGUCCUGCGUGCUGCUGGAGGGUCUGAACCGAGGGCUGCCGAAGCUGGGCAUCGGCAAACACCACCGGCUGCACGACAAGAUCCUCACCCAGCAGCCCCUCACUGAGAAGGAGGAGAGGAAGCUGAAAGCAGUCCACUUCUGACCACAGAUAGCGACUGUAUUAUUAACCAAAGACUGGAGGGAUUUUUACUUUUAGAAUAAACCAUGUUUUUUGUCUUUAACAUAAGAGGAAGAAUAGAAAGUCAACUGUUUUUCUUUCAUUCAUCAUCCAUUUAAUAUUUAUUGAAAGUUAUGCAUGGUAUAUUUUGUUAUAAGAAUGAGCAUCUUCACAGGACGCACAGCCUAUUCACAGUGUAUAACCAGGGAUCAUUGAGAUACUGUGGAGACACAUUUUCCAGUGGUUAUAAAGGUGUUAAAUGUGAUAAAUGGUACGUGUAUACAGUUGUUUCAUUGCUUUCUGUAUUACACACAUAACAGGAUCAUGUGUCUGUAAAGCUUGGUGCCAUGUUGAGUUCUUCAGGUCAUUUUCAUCAUGGGGUUAUUGGAUAGAAGCAUCACCUGGAUUUCCAAAUACUUCAUAUUUACACACACAUGCUAAGUGAGGAGCUGAGACAAGGAUGAGCAGCUUUGUUGUUUUUGAAGUGAGCUGGUUGUGAAUGUUCAACAUUAAUGAAAGCUCUCACUAAUGCCAUGUUACAUUUCUUUAUGUGUUGCUUCUUCUUCACCGAUCUCCGGGGAAGAGGUGAUGACCGUUAUGGUCUCAUUCAAAGGUGUUUUAUGAACUAUAUUUAAUAAAUGCAUUGUCUCAUA